AUGGAGAUAUAUGCUGCAGGGUACAUGCCGUGGCCCACUUCAAAAAUUGAACCGGUAAGGAAAUCGAGGAUACAUCCUCGGGAGAGUCUCCGGGUCCAGUUAUUCCGUUUGGUUCCGUAUAGCAGCAGACACGGUUCAAUCUUAUUGGUGUUUGUCUGUCGUCCACCGCACUUUACAGUUCUAAGAUCCCAAGUCUUGCUACACUCCUCCAAAGCCCAAUUCCCCUCCACCGUCCGAGUAAUCCCAGUCGACUACAACUCCAUCCCAGAGCUCACCACCGCUCUAAACAAUCAAGACGCCAUCAUCUCCACCCUAACCACCGCCGCCGCGGACGUGCAACACACCCUAAUCGACGCCGCAAUCACCGCAGGCGUCAAACGAUUCAUUCCCUCCGAGUUCGGCGCCGACACUGGCAACCCCAAUGCCUCCACCUUACCCGUCUACCAAUCCAAGAUCGCCGUCAACAAGGCUCUCCAGGCAAAAGCCGCGGAGAACCCUUCCUUCACAUAUACGUUGAUCCGCCACGGACCCUUCCUCGACUGGGGUCUUAACGCGGGUUUCUUUUUCGACUGGAGGUCCGAGGCACCUACCUUUUAUGAUGGUGGUGAUCGACCAUUUAGUACCACCACUCUGGCCACGAUCGGUCAGGCGGUCGUUGGAGUUUUGUUGCACUUCGACGAGACGAAGAAUCGUCCCGUUUAUAUCCAUGAUUUGGUCACCAGUCAGCGCCAGAUCUAUACUAUUGUCCAGAAACUGGCUCCCCAGAGGAAGUGGAAUCCUGUGGAUGUUAGUACGGCUGAGCUAGAGGUGAAGGCGCGGGAAGAAUGGGCGAAGGGGAAUACGGAUUUGCGGUCUAUUGUUGGUCUUUUGUGUCGGGCGGUGUUUGCGGAGGGGUAUGGUGGGGAGUUUAAGAAUGUUGAUAAUGAGCUUCUUGGGUUGGGGUUUAAGACGGAGGCUGAUCUUGAGGAGGUUGUGAAGACGAUUUUGGGGGAUUCUUUGUAA